AUGUCAGGCCCUGGAAGGGAUAAGAACGUGUGGGGCUACUCCUCCAAUGGCCAGGAUGCCGAUGAAUUCAACGCCGCGGAGGCGGACAAGGGCUUCGGGCCUCCCAGCGCCCAGGAGCUGGCCUCCAAGGCGCCCGGCGCCGGCCGCGCCCAGGCGGAUAUGGCGGGCUACGCCCAGCAGCGCUGGACGCCCAUGAACGGUGUGCCGGUGCCGGCUGUGCCGCCCGGCCUGGACUCGCACAUGGCUCCGGCCGCCUCACGGAUGCCAGGCAUGAAGCAGAGCUCAGCGCAGUCCGCUGCAGCGGCGCUGCAAAUGUUCGAGGCCAAGGGUGUGACCGUGCCCAGCCGUGUGCAGGCGGAGGAGGCGGCGAUGGCGACCCGGAACAGGCUCUUGACCCAGGAAUAUGCGGCCCAGAAGGCGCUGCCGCAUCGGCAGAAGGCGGAAGAGUCGGCCAAGCAGACGGCCUCCAGGCUGCAAAAGACCAGGUUGUCCAGCAUCAGUUGGAGAAGAUGA